AAAUUUUUCUGGGAGAGCUACUGCAAAGUGUAGCAACCAGCCUGCCCUCAAACAACUCUGGGCCACAAGACCUGCGUGCUCUCCUCGUUGCAACCACCAGACAACAACCACAACCACAACCACACCACGCAACACAAUGGCGAAGAAGAGGGUCAAGAAGAGAACCCAUGCUGCGGCAAACCCCAAUGCCAAAAAUGGCGCCCCAGUCUCAGCAGGCAAGAUCGACAAGAACGACCCAAAGAGCAUGGUCAUCCGGAUCGGCGCAGGCGAGGUUGGCUCGAGCAUCAGCCAAUUGGCCACGGAUGUGCGCAGGGUGAUGGAGCCCGGUACGGCCAGUCGACUGAAAGAACGAAAGGCCAACAAGCUGCGAGACUACGUGACAAUGUGCGGUCCUCUGGGUGUCACGCACCUGAUGCUCUUCUCGAGGUCGUCGUCCGGAAACACCAACCUACGUCUGGCGACCACGCCCCAAGGCCCAACACUCAACUUCCGAGUUGAAAAGUACUCGCUGGCAAGAGACGUCAAGCGCGCACAGAAACACCCCCUGGGUGGCGGCAAGGAGUACAUCACUCCACCAUUGCUCGUCAUGAAUUCAUUGACCAGUGAGCCUGGCAAAGGCUCGGAAAAGAUACCCCGACACCUCGAAACACUUGUCACAAGCGUGUUCCACGGCCUCUUCCCACCAAUCAACCCCCAGGUUGCGCCGUUGAAGUCCAUCCGUAGGGUGCUGCUUCUCAACCGUGAGCGAUCUCCAGAAGAUGACGGUUCUUACAUAAUAAACUUCCGACACUAUGCCAUCACAACCAAGGUCACAGGCGUCUCGAAGGCUGUCAAGAGGCUGAAUGCGGCAGAAAGGUUAAUGAACAGCAAGAGCCGGAAGGGUAAACUCCCAAAUCUGAGCAAGCUGCAGGACAUCGCAGAUUACAUGAUAGGGGGCGAAAAUGGCGACGGCUACACCACCGAUGCCACCAGCGGUAGUGAGGUCGACACAGACGCCGAGGUGGAGGUGCUCGAAGCCGACAAGCGGAAGAAGGUCGCAGCAAGACGGGCUGCUGCUGCCGCCGCGGCAGCCGAGGAGGACGAGGAAGAGGACGAAGCAGCCGAGUCCAAUGACAGGGUGGAACGUCGGGCAGUCAAGCUUGUCGAACUGGGGCCGCGCAUGAAGUUGCGAUUGACCAAAGUCGAGGAGGGGCUCUGCGGCGGAAAGGUCCUGUGGCACGAGUACAUCAACAAAUCAAAGGAGGAGGUAAAAGAACUCGAGAAGAUAUGGGAGAAGCGCAAGCAAGAAAAGGAGGCCAGGAGGCAACAGCAGCGGGAAAAUGUCGAAAAGAAACGCAAGGCGAAGCGGGGCCAGAAGGGCCAGAAGGAUGGAGAGGCAGAGAGCGACGACGGCGAGAUGGACCUCGACGACCUUGGGAGUGACGCGUACGACUACAUGGAUGAGGAUGGCUUUGACAGCGAGGGACUCGAGGGCGACGCGGAGGCCAUUACGAAUGAGCAGGCUGAAAACAAGGGGGAAUGGGAGGACGAAGAGGAAGAAAUAGCGAACGGCCACCGAUAGGCAAAUGCGAAGCCGAGGCGCUUUUCCGGGCAGCAAUUCUACCUACCAUGACAGAGGAAUCUAAUUAUACCCUUCCUGCCCAGGCCUAUGAAGAAACAUCAACCGUCUUUUCCAGACCCUCUUCGCCUUGUUUAUCCACUUCAUCUCUAGGCUCGACAUUGCCACCGUCGACAUCUCCGUGCUCAGACACUCCCUGAGAGACACAUCCACCUGAUUCACGCAAACUGCCCUGAAAUUCAACCAGUAGUGCGAUGGCUGCACAGAGAAGAGACAUCGACGAGGAGGCGAACACGAAGCACCGGAAACCCUUGCCUAAUCUUCUUGUCAGCAAAUGCGCGUCAACUUAUUGGCCAGAAUCAACGACUCACCCUCCGCCGUGAUUCCAAGGGCGAGUAUGACAAAAAGAAAGAGCGGUAUCUUCAUCAGGCCGUAGAUCCCGGCGCGGCUCUUACUAUCCACCACCAAACCGCGCAUGUACGCCAUGCUGGGCACAUAUAUACCAUUCGCGACCUCAAACGUCAGGAACGCGUAGUAGAGCGCGACCUCGACCUGAAGGACCGACAACAGCAACAGGCUGAGGCAGGCCAGGGCAAUGGCACCCAAUAGGAGCCAUACUGGCGCAGCGGGAGUCCUGAUUGACUUCAGCGACGCGUUGAAAACGAGCGCACCGAUGAUCAUCGCGGCCAUGAAAGACCCGAAGAUGACACCGUAGGGUAUCUCGGCAGGGCCAGCAUCGGCAGACGAGGCUUCAUGCGCCCCCUGCAAGACGCUCGGCCAAAGAAAGAUGACAAGGGAUAUGGACAGAACGAUCCCGUCGGGCACUGACCCCCAAGCCGUCCAGUUCGACUCUCGUCAGGCUCAGCAAGCUGGCGGUCGUCUCCCUGGAGCUGCUGGCUCACACCGAAAUUCUCGUUCUGUCCGUGCCGUCAGUCUCAUUUUUUUGCGUGUCUCAAGAUUGUGCAUGCCUACCCAUCGCCUCAGCAUCAAGACCGCCGCGACACCCUCGCAAACCUAGAGAGACCCGUCAGUCUACUGCUAUACUCAAUAGCUGCUAGCAUCUCAGGGUUGCCGGAUGGGAAGGGCUCACAAUUCCCGCCCAGAAUGGCCACAUCUUCGACCCCAUCGCCGAGACCAUGCAAUGUCCAAACAGUCCGCCGACGAUGGCAGCCAUACAAUUAGUCCUGGUCAUCACACCAAACAUCUCGCUGAGCCCCCCCUCCGCACCGCCCCGGCCCAGGCCUCUUGCGUUCCACUCCGUCACCAUCCAACUCUCGAACACGGUCCACAGCAGCGUCAGCGCCGUGCCCGCCAGCACCCUUCCGAGGAACAGCACAGGGAGGCAGUCGCCCCCGAACACGACCGUCAGGCAGGCCAAGGAGUGGAUCACACACUGCGCCAGGCACGCUUUACGCCGCCCAUAUCGGUCUGCGAGGAAACCCACUGCCAAUGCCGAGACUGCCGCUGACGUAUACGCGGUGGCGUAGAGCCCGAUUACGACGGGCUCCGGAAGACCCCUGUCGUCGCGGAGGAGUGCGUACAGGUAUGGGCCGGAGAGCCAUUCGGAGGACAUGACGAGGAGAUAUAUGCUCAGGAACCCCCUCCUAAAUCUUUUGAGGUCAUCGCCAUUUUUGGUUCCUGGGUCCGCCCCGUCAUCGACCGGUGGCAGUGACUCAUACUCGGGUGGCUUCUCCUCGGUGUCGACCUCUUGCCACUUCGACCGAAUCCGUGCAAAUGGCCGAGCUAUUAUAUUGCGACCUGUCAGGAGUACCACAGUCGGUAGGAUGACCAGGAGAGUCGUCCAGUAGAUGUCGAGUUUCAUCGUGGAUAGACCUGGUUCUUCCGGUGAUGGCUGUUGACCUAGAAGUGAGCCGAGUGUAGAAAAGUAAUCACGACCAAGGAGGAUGUGUCCAUUUGAUUACUUCCCAUCCUAAUGUGUUGUUAUUUCCGUUCUCAGGACAUUGGCAUGGUGGCGUUUCAUUCCUGUCGCGCCCUGCAUGUCUCACUGAGCGCUGGUAGCCAUGACCACGAAACCACCCAGGCAUGGUCUAGGUCCCUUUACAAACGAGUUCUCUGUAGAUCGCUCUGAAAUAUUGGGCCAAGGCUAAAUUGAUAAAUACUC